UGUCCUAAAGACUGAGAACACGCGGUAGGUGGCGGUAAAUCACCUUUGUAGAUGGUGCCAACUGCGACAAACAGAAGAAUCCAUCUUGUUCAAGCCGUUUCGAGGACGUUUGUCGUUUUCAAAAUCAACAAGAAGUAGCUAAAAUGGAGAUGGAGGACAAACCCAGCCUGCUGCUCUCCUUCCACAUUGAACCCAAACAAGAAUCACUGGAUUCUGAUUGUAACAGUGGAGCUCAGUGUUCAUUGGUGGAUUCAGAGAUGACAUCAGUGAAGCUGGAAGAUAGUAUUGAAACACUAGGACUGAAUGUUAUCAAAUAUGAAGAGGAGGAAGAGAAGAAUGGGGUUUUCAUUAAAUCUGAAGAGGAGGAGGAGGAGAAAAUUGGGGUUAUCAUUAAAUGUGAAGAGGAGGAGCAGAAGAUUGGGGAUUUAACUAAUCAAGAACUCGAGACUCAUCAGACCAGGCAACAUUCUUCCAGUCUUCAACUGUCCAAUUUUGAUAAGAUUGCAGAAGUGGAUACAUUUCCUACAUCUGGAGAGCAUCAACAGGAAGUUAUAAAAUAUAAGAAGUCUCACCCCUGUCCCCAUUGUGGAAAACAUUUCCAAUUCAUGUCACUGUUGAAAAGACACAUUAACACACAUACAAGAGAGAAACCUUAUUCCUGCAAUGAGUGUGGGAAGAGUUUCUCUGUACCCACAAUCCUAAAGAAUCACCAGCGCAUACAUACUGGGGAGAAACCAUACACCUGUUCUGACUGUGGGAAGAGUUUCUCUGUAUCCACAAUCCUAAAAAAUCACCAGCGCAUACAUACUGGGGAGAAGUCUUACUCCUGUUCUGACUGUGGGAAGAGCUUUGCUGAAUCAAGAACCCUAAAAGAUCACCAGCGCAUACAUACUGGAGAGAAGCCUUACUCCUGUUCUGACUGUGGGAAGUGUUUCUCUCGUUUAAGCAUUCUUAAAAUUCACCAGCGUAGAUAUACUGGAGAGAAACCUUACUCCUGUUCUGAUUGUGGGAAAAGUUUCUCUGUUUUAACAUCCCUAAAACAUCACAAGCGCAUACAUACUGGAGAGAAACCUUACUCCUGUUCUGAUUGUGGAAAUUGUUUCUCUGAAUCAAAAAUCCUAAAACGUCACAAGCGGACACAUACAGGAGAGAAGCCUUACUCCUGUCCUGACUGUGGGAAGAGUUUCUCUAAUUCAAGUAACCUAAAACGUCACAAGCUCAUACAUACUGGAGAGAAACCUUACUCCUGUUCUGAUUGUGAAAAGUGUUUCUCUGACUCAAAAAACCUAAAACUUCACAAGCGCACACAUACAGGAGAGAAGCCUUACUCCUGUUCUGACUGUGGAAAAAGUUUCUCUAAUGUAAGUAACCUAAAACGUCACAAGCUCACACAUACUAGAGAGUAGCUUUACACCUGUCUGAGAAGAUAUGUAGGUGACCCAAAAAUUCACCAGUGCUUACAUACAGGAGAGAAGCCAUACUCCUGUUCUGUCUAUGGAAUGAGUUUCUCUGAAUCAAAAACCCUGAAAGCUCAUGCAUUCUGGAGAGUAGCCUGACUUCUGUUCUGACUGUCGAAAUUGUUUCAAUCAUCUAGUGAAUGUAGGAAAUGUUUUUUGACAGUAUCUCAACUUUAUAUUAAUCCUAGGAUACUCACAGAAGAGAAUACUAUCAUUGUUCUGUUUGUGGGAAGUUUCUCUUAACCUAAACUAUGUUGGAAAGAGAUUAAAUAUUUUUAAUAUUUAAUCUCUCAAGCUCUGGACAGUGGAAGGGCAUCACACAGGCAAACAGAAUUAUACACGUACGUAAACACAUCCAGAAUCAGUGUGGAAAAGGGGCUUUUAAGACUAUAUGAGACUACUUUGAGUAAAAGCUGAGUCACCCUGGAGUUGGGAGACUAUUUGGGCUUAAGAUCAGAUGGUAGUAACUCAAAUGGAUAAGGUGAUUUGGGAGGGACGUUUGAGGGGUAAACUGAAGUUCAGUCCUUCGGGUGCUGAAACAAAUCUAACUUAAUAUGGUUUGUCUAUAAGAUGAUGGGAAUGUGUGAGAGGCGAGGAUGGUCAUUGUUAUGUGAAAGAGAGCUGUGAUCUGUAUUUAUUUUUUACUAUACUCAUUUUCUUGGAUUACAAAUGUGAUUUGUAUUUUAUCUGUAAAUGUUUAUGAUCUUUUGUUUAGUGAAUUUUUAUUAAAAACGACUGAUUAUUUUGUUGAUAGUCUUAAAUUUUUUACACGUUUGUGUGAGACCCAAUUUACCAUGAGUGGGGCGACAAAACUAUGCAGUUUAGAUCUGUUGUCUCGUUAUUAAAUACAGAAUGUUUAGGUAUGUCCAAACUUUCAUGUGUAAGUUAAAGAACUGUGUUUUGGUGUUUAGAGAUGGACCAAUGAAAAAAGAUCUGAUAGUCUGAUACAUCUGUGGACAACUGUAGUAUUAAUAUAUGUACACUAUAUUAUUGUUGGAAUGUACAACACUGUGGAAAUGUUUUAGGUAGGUAUGAAAAAAUACUGGAAAGUAAGAAUUCUUUCAAAAAUAUGUUAAUAGAUGUAAUGCAUCUGUUAAAAAAAUGCAAGGUGAGUGAACAGAAGAAUCAGAAGAAGAAAAAAACUGAAGAAAAAUCUAAAUCAACAUUUGGUGUGAACACCCUUUGCCUACAAAACAGCAUCAAUUCUUCUAGGUACACUUGCACAAAUGUAGAGAUUUUGUAGGCAUAUAGUCAGGUGUAUGAUUAGACAAUUAUACCAAACAGGUAUAAAGUAGGUUGAAACACAAUCAUUACCUGAAACAGAAACAGCUCUGUAGGAGGAAUACAAUUGGGCGAGGAACAGCCAAACUCAGCUAACAAGGUGAGGUUGCUGAAGACACAUUACUGUCAAAAGUCAUACACCAAGGCAAGACUGAGCACAGCAACAAGGUCUCUCCCAGGCAGACAUGUCAAGGCAGACAGAGGUUUCCAGAUGUGCUGUUCAAGCUCUUUUAAAGAAGUACAAAGAAACGGGCAACGUUGAGGACAGUGGACAGCGGUCGGCCAAGGAAACUUAAUGCAGCAGAUGAAAGACACAUCAUUCUUGCACCCAUUCACAAUCGGAAGAUGUCCAGCAGUGUCAUCAGCUCAGAACUGGCAGACAAUAGUGGGACCCUGGUACACCCAUCUAUUGUCUGGGUGGCCUGGUUAGCCAGUGGGACCCUGGUACACUCAUCUAUUGUCCGGAUGGCCUGGUUAGCCAGUGGGACCCUGGUACACUCAUCUAUUGUCCGGGUGGCCUGGUUAGCCAGUGGGACCCUGGUACACCCAUCUAUUGUCCGAAUGGCCUGGUUAGCCAGUGGGACCCUGGUACACUCAUCUAUUGUCCGGGUGGCCUGGUUAGCCAGUGGGACCCUGGUACACUCAUCUAUUGUCCGGGUGGCCUGGUUAGCCAGUGGCCUUCAUGGAGGCCUUGCGGCGAAAAACCCAUUCCUCCCAUGUGGUAACAAGGCCAAGUUACUUAACUAUGCACAAAAAUACAGGAACGGGGGUGCACAAAAAUGUCAGCAUGUGCUCUGGACCGAUGAGGCUAAAUUCAAAAUAUUUGUCUGUAGCAGAAGGCAGUUUGUUCCCUGAAGGGCUGGAGACACGAAUGAGUGUCUGCAGGCAACAGUGUAACAUGGUGAAGGUUCCUUGGAAGUUCGCGGAUGCAUUUCUGCAUAUGGAGUUGACGAUUUGGUCAGAAUGAAUGGUCUGAAUGCAGAGAAGUACAAGCAGAUAUUUAUGAUGCCAUAACAUCAGUCUGAUUGGCCCCAAAUAUAUUAUGCAGCAUGACAAACAUACAUGAAGAACUAUCUUCAGCGUAAAGAAGAACCAGGAGUCCUGGAAGUGAUGGUAUGGCCCCACAGAGCCCUGAUUUCAACAUCUUCAAAUCAGUCUGGGAUUACAUGAAGAGAAGCAACUGAGUCUGCCUAAAUCCAUAGAAGAACUGCAGUUAAUUCUCCAAGAUGUUUUAUUCUCUUACCUGCCAGGCUUCUUCAAAAACUGUGUGUAAGCAAACCUACAAGAAUUGAUGCUGUUUUGUAGGCAAAGGGUGUUCACAACACAUUUUUAUUUGAUUUAGAUUUUUCUCCUGUUUACUCACUUUGAGUAAAUAUAAACUAUUAACAUGUCUAUUUUUCUUACUUUACAGCAUUUUUUCCACACCUGUCUAAAACGUUGCACCGUACUGUAUAAACGUAAUGUAUAUACUUUACAUUUGUAGGUACUGUAUAUACUUUACAUGUUUUCACAUUUCUCUACCCAUA